AUGGACGAGCUACUUGCACCAAUCCAGGAUGUUCUGGAAGGCCAGAUUGACUUCCACGGCCAACACCUGGCAGAUCUGCUAAACACUGUUUUGCUAGUUAUUUCCGGAGUUGUUAGCUUUCUCGUCGGAUACAUCUACAAUGAUAUCCACCUUACACUUUGGGUCGGACUGGGUGGUUCACUGUUUACUGCGCUUGUCGUGAUCCCACCCUGGCCCAUUUACAAUCAGAAACCGCAAAGGUGGUUGAAUAAGGAUGGGAGUUCGGGAGGUCCACAGGUGCUGGUCGACGGGGUCAAGGUGGCAUAA